GUAACAAAAUAAGAUGUUACAGAUACACCUGUUUAUACUAACUGGAAGUGCAGUGAACAGUGAGCCGAGUUAUUUUUAAAUUUCGUUAAAUUUAACCCAUAAGUGGUGAAAUUUUCGUCCGCUUCUUUUUGUUUGUGAGUUACCAGUUAUUAUUUACGGAAAAUAAUGGAAGAUGAGAAAGUUUUGGUUCCAGUGCGGGAAAAACGAAAACACAAAUUUUUGGAGAAACUAAAGUUACAGGGUGUCGCUAAGGAUAAUAAAAUCGUCAUGGGAAUUUCAAAAAGUGAUGUGAGUUCUCCAAAAUCUCAGCCAUUCACUCCAGAGAGUUUAAGUCCAACAGUGAGUUCCCCGAAAUCUCAAUGCAAACAGUUGGAUGCAGAAAGUAUAUUUCAGACAGUGAGUUCUCCAAAAUUUCAGCUACUGACUCCAGAAAGUCUAAGUCCAACAAUGGCGAGCGAAUCUCCCACGGACAAUAAUGCAAAUGGUACCGAGCCGCCGCUUCAGACGAUCGUAAAAAACCCAUCAAGGACGACAGUAACCACAACUUCAUUACAGACGAACUCCCAAUCCAGUACGACAACGACACGCGUUAGCAAAACCUCGACCAGCGCUUCAACGACCAGCCAACGGCGCCAGCUCACCGAUUUAAAAGCUUCCAACAUGAAGAGCGAUUUAGUAGACUUUAAAAACAACAUAAACGACAUGAAAAGCAGCUUACCCAACACCCUUUUGCAGAUAAGAAACUCGCUAGAAAAUUUAGUCGACGCCGAAGAAAAUGAUCCCAUCGUUACGUUUCCUGAUGAUACCCCAGUGCCAUCCGAGAUCGGCUCACCAACGAAUGCAGUGGAAUCGCUUAAAUUUGAACAGAAGACUACAAAUAACUUUAAGAAGACCACGGUAAUGAAAGAUGGAAUCAGUGCCGAAAAAGAAAGUGCCAAAAUGGCGGAAAUGAAAAUACUUCAAGCUGGUGACGUUUCUUACGAAGAAAACAACGCAGCCCGGGCUACUCGAGCGAGAGUUGAAAUCGAUGGAGUUUCGGCGGAGAAAAGUCAAGUCAUGGCCAAAGAAGCUAGAUCUCUCAAAGCUGGAGAUCUCAGCCAACAGGAGUCCAAAAACCUGGCUCAAACGAAUAUGAAAGUUACAACAGACAAGUUCAGUAGUGAAAGAACAGCCAUGGAAUCCCAGCAACAAAGACAGACUGUUACAGCUAGCGGCUUUUACAAUCAAGAAAAACACAGUUCUAGCACAAGUCACAUAUACACCUCUUCUUCUUCAAAAGGUCUUAGCACAUCGGCAAAGAUCAAUGCAACAAGACAGUUUCACUUAUUAAAUGGCACACCCGAAGAAGCAAUAUUAAACACGUCAUUAGAAGAUCUCGACAGUCUCUCAGCCACUUCCGAUGUCCACGAUAUCGAAAGAGCAAAACACAAAUAUUCUACAUAUUUAGACGAAUCCAUUAGAUGCCUUCAAAAACUAGACCAAAACAAAGAUGCACCCCUAGUGUUAGAUAAAAUCAAUGACGUCAUGCGUAAAGCAUGGGCAGUACCGACCUAUGGUCACGAACUUGGCUAUGCUCUAUGCAAUGCGCUACGAAACAGUGGGGGAUUAGACCUGAUAAUGCAGAACUGCACAAAAUCGGAUAAGAGCCUUCAAUUUGCCAGCGCUAAAUUACUAGAGCAGUGCCUUACUGCAGAAAAUAGAGCACAUGUAGUAGAGCACGGUCUGGAUAAAGUCGUAAACGUAGCUUGUGUCUGCACAAAGAUUUCAAAUUCUGUCGACCAUUCAAGGGUAGGAACCGGAAUAUUGGAGCAUUUGUUUAAACACAGUGAAGAAACAUGUAGCGACGUCGUUAGGCUUGGUGGUUUGGAUGCUUUACUAUUCGAAUGCAGAAAAAGUGACGUAGAAACCUUAAGGCACUGUGCUGGAGCUUUAGCAAACCUUAGUUUAUACGGUGGUACCGAGAAUCAAGAAGCUAUGAUAAAGCGAAAGGUUCCGAUGUGGUUAUUCCCCUUAGCAUUCCACACCGACGAUAAUAUUAAGUACUACGCUUGCCUUGCCAUAACCGUAUUAGUAGCUAACCCCGAAAUCGAAGCUGAAGUCUUGCAAUCUGGCACUCUUGGUCUGGUAGAACCUUUCGUCACUACACACAACCCUUCCGAAUUCGCGAAAUCGAAUCUAGCUCAUGCUCACGGACAAAGCAAAACCUGGCUGAAAAAUUUAGUUCCUGUCUUAAGCUCAAAACGUGAAGAAGCUAGAAACCUAGCCGCCUUCCAUUUCUGCAUGGAAGCCGGAAUCAAGAAGCAGCAGGGAAACACUAACAUGUUCUCUGAAAUCGGUGCUAUCGAAUCACUCAAAAAAGUAGCCAGUUGUCCUAAUGCCGUCGCCUCAAAAUAUGCAGCUCAAGCCCUAAGGCUCAUCGGAGAGGAAGUGCCUCAUAAGUUAAGUCAACAGGUGCCCUUAUGGUCUGUGGAGGAUGUAGAGGAGUGGGUGAAACAGAUAGGAUUCCCAGAAGUUGCCAUUAGUUUCGUAGAAAGCAGAGUUGACGGGGAUUUGUUAUUGCAGCUAACAGAAGAAAAUCUUAGGGAUGAUAUUGGAUUAACGAAUGGUAUAAAAAGAAAAAGGUUUACACGAGAACUUCAGCAAUUAAAAAAGAUGGCAGACUAUACGUCUAGAGACACAUCAAAUAUCAACAACUUCCUUCAAACAAUGGGACUCGAAUUCUCUAUAUAUACCUACAGUUUCUUAAAUGCUGGGCUUGACAAAAAGGAUUACCUACGAAAUAUAUCUGAGGACCAGUUGUUAACCGAAUGUGGAAUUAGUAAUUCUAUUCACCGGCUAAGGAUAAUGGAAGGUAUCAGACAAUUAGAAAAUGGCCUUGCCAACGGUAUGAACGAAGACAACCAAGAUAAAUCCUUAGACGUAUUCGUAAGUUACCGACGGUCCAACGGUUCCCAACUAGCCAGUUUACUCAAAGUCCACUUGCAGCUCCGAGGAUUCAGUGUCUUCAUCGACGUGGAGAGGCUGGAAGCUGGAAAGUUUGAUAACAAUCUCCUGCAGAGUAUUCAAAAAGCCAAACACUUCUUGUUGGUGCUGACGCCGAACGCUCUGGAAAGAUGUAUAGGAGAUAUUGAAAGAAAAGACUGGGUACAUCGGGAAAUAUGUGCAGCUCUAUCAGCUAAUUGUAACAUCAUCCCCAUCAUCGACAACUUCAUCUUCCCCGAACUCGAACAGUUGCCGGAAGAUAUGAGACAGGUCUGCCACUUCAACGCAGUUCGCUGGAUUCACGAUUAUCAGGAUGCUUGUGUGGACAAACUAGAAAGGUUCAUGCGAGGAGAAGCGAAUCCACGCGGGGACAAUUACAGAGUCACUUUGCCCAAAGGCGAUAUAACUCCAGGAACACCUUCAAAUCCCAGUUUGGUUAGGCAGCCGCCUAACUACCAAAGAAUGCACAGCAACGACUCAGGAAGUGGUAAAAGCUCCGACAAAGACAUGAACGGCAACUCGGGGUUAACGAGGGAUUGACUAGAUGGUCCUUAUGCCUCGGCUACUCCUACUCCACUGCCUAGAUUCUACAAAGCAAACAGUCCGUCCCGAAAUUGGAUAAUCAACUCCAACAACUUCAACCGGGGUCUCCCGCCCGUGCCGUACUCUCGGCGAGGUUCCAACACCCCCGUCUCGUCACUAGCUCUUAACAGUUACCCCCACCCUCCGGCCCCUAACCGAUCUCGCAGCCUCGACGGUCUCCUAGACUCCGCCGAGCCCAUCCUAGCAGCAGCUACAGAAGCAACUAAAAACGAUCAAGUUCCGUCCCCGAAAAAAGCGCAAAGUUGUGAUGACAUUGACAAAGACUUGAACGACGCAUCCGCAUACGUCGAAGAGACUGACACUAGUUUAAGUAAUACGAAGGAACUGGAUUGUUCGGUAGAAAGUGAUAGUACUGACAAGUGUUCGAUAUACAGUAAUUCUAGUGAUUCGAAACGUAAGAGAAACUUUAUGGACCGAUGUGUCAAUAAAGUGCGAUCUUUUAUUAAGAAAUAAACUGCAUAUUUAUAAAAAAACUAAACUAGGUGAAGCAAACGAUACCAAUUUUAUAGGUUUUAGUAUAAUUCCAAAUUGACGUGAAAAGUAGUCACAUCAACAUAUAAAACUGAAUAGAUUUGCAGAAAAUUUCGUAAAUACAAAGCAAUAUUUCAACACACAACAAAAUAAUUGUUUACGCUAAUCUUUUUUAAAACUUUGACCAAGUCUGCUAAUCCGGUUCGAAGGACCAAGUGUGUAAAUCCGGCUCGAAGGACCAUAUGUUGUUUAUUCUUUUAAAGAAUUAGAUGUUAAAUAGGUAUCGUUUGGUUCUCCUAUACUUUAUUUCCUGUAUCUUGAUAUUCAAUAUUUAAAUUUAAACUUCAUAGAUGAUAUUAUUUAUUAUUCUUUUACGGCAACUAAAUUACUUAGUACAAACAUUGUGCUUUUAUACAAAAUUUGUAUAUAUAGUAAAAACGUGUGAUUAUCGAGCAGUCUUAAUGAAUUUUCUUAGGUCUGUUUCCGUAUGAGAGAGAUAAAAAAAUUUCUAUCGUGCAAAAUUUAUUAAAAAUGAACUCUUUUUUAUUUGUAUAGUAUAUGUUGGUGCUAUUUACAAUUUUUUUAAGAAAAUAUGUGGCCAGAUCAACAAAUUCAGUCAAAAUGGAUCCAAACUUCAUACUUAUUUAAUAUUCCAACGGGAUUUAUUCGCUAUAAAAAAAAUACAAUUCAAAAUCACAGAUUAACUUGAAAUUUUGUACUGCUAUAUUUGAAAAAUGUUGGCUAGAGUGUAACUCUGCAAUCCACUGAGUUGUCAAGCUUACUUAUCUCUGUUUUAAUUUAGUCACUUCAAAUUUUCUUCCAUAUAUAGUUUUGUUAAAAGUUUUUUCAUUUUUGCAUCUUUGUCAUGGUAAAUUAUGUCGUUUAUACUAUAUCAUCAUUUAUAUACAUUAAUCAUUCUGAAGCAUACAAAACGUAGACUUUUAAAUUCUAAGUGCCUCUCUCCAAGUGCCUUCUUGUUGUUUAAUCAAGUUAAAUUAGUAAUCGUGUUUUCAAAGAUAUGUUGUGAUAUUUCCUAUGUAAGAGAAACAGUUUCCACUUCACCGAUUUUGGAUAUGUUUAUAGAAAAUUUCUUUCAAUGCACACUCACAAAAAAAACUUAGUUGAUGUCAGGUUACGCUAUUAAUGUGGCCAGACUCAAUGACAUUGUGAGAACACCAAGAACAUCUGUUCGAAGUGACAUCUAAACAAGAGAUAUAUUUUGAAGAUCGAAUUUUUGAAAGGGCUUUUAUAUUUAAUAAUUUUUUCUGUUACUUUUUAUCCAAUGGUUUUUAUUGUAUUCGCUACUACACUUCCAUCAAUUCUUAUUUUGGAUCUUCUGUGAAAACCAUAGAAUAUCUAGACUGCGGGUUGCAAUGCAAAACUGUUUCCUCAGUACGACAGAGAAAAGUAUUUGUAAACAGGGUAUUUAUUUUCUUUCUUUCUUGACUGGCUUUACAACUCGAGGUGAGUUUUAGCCGCAUCCACUAUGGCUCUCCAUCUUCUACUUGCUGUAUCCAUCAUGACCAUUGCACCAAAUGGUCUUGCACUUCUAUUUCCCAUUGCUGUACCCCAAUCCUAGAUAGAUCUGCUUCAACCUCAUCCUUCCAUCUUUUUCUGGGACGGCCUACUAAUCUUCUGCCCUCUGCUUUCUCAUAGAAAACUGUCUUUAACACUCUGCCUUCCUCUGAUCUUACCACAUGACCUGCCCAUCUUAACUAGUUAGCUUUUACAUGCCUGGCGAUGUUUUCAGUACCAUACAGUCACCAAUUCAGCAUUGCGGCGCCUUCUCCACUCUUCUGUCAAUUCAUCUCUUUGAGGGCCAAACAUCAUUCUUAGAACUUUCCGUUCCAAUACCAGCAGCUUAUUUAUUUCCCGCUAAUGUAGAGUCUAUGUUUCACUUCCAUAUGUAACAACUGUGCGAAGAAUUAUUGACAGGUACAGUCUUAAUUUAGAUUGUCUUUUUAGCAGCUUAUAUCUUAAUCAUGAUGAUAGGGAGUACAAUGCUCUAUUCCCCGCAGCAAUUCUUGCCGACACCUCUUUUUCUAUGUGGUUGUCAUCUGUGAUUACCGCCCCAGAUAUUUAGAACUCUUUUACUACUUCGAAGUUGUGGUCAUUACUAGUUAUGUUCUGCCUAACUCUUGGUCUUGAAUUUUUGGGUAGUAGCAUGUAAUCCGUCUUCUAUUGAUCUAUUCGAAGACCCAGACCACCUGCUUCCUCCUCGAGUUGUAAAGACUGCUCUCUCAGUCUCUUGUAGAAUUGAAUAGAAAAAGACUGAAAGAUUCUUGUAGAAUUAGCGACUGCAUCUAGAUUCUAGAUAGAUCUUGAGCAAAGGCCAACAAUAGUUUUGGUAUGAAUUUGGUUUCCCAAAACAGGGUAUGCAUCAGUGGCGUUUAUCGACCAAGUAACUUUCCCACUGCCGUCGAUUGGAAAGAGAUGCCCUGUUUAUACUUUUCUUUGUGGCACUGGGGGAGCAGUUUUUUAUUGCAGCGCGCAUUCUAGGUAUUGUAUGACUAUGGUUAAAACUGUUGUUAUUUAAAUCUAACCUAACAUAACCUCACUUUUUUCGUCAACGUUCCAUGAUCACAUGACGAGGCUGCUAUUGCGGAUAAUGUAAAGUAUUUUAUAAAUCAUGUGAAUGUCUAACACAUAAUUUUGACAAUUUUUUGUUUCAAUAUUUGUUUAAAUGUAAUUAUGGGUAUUUUUUUGAUAAAUUUUGCACAAUGGUACUCUCGGAAAGUGACCUCUUUAUAGUGGGCUAUUUUUGAGCCUUGAUAAAAGUAUUUAUAAGUGUUGUCAAAUUAAUCCAAACAUAUUCGGUUUGACAUUACUUGUUUUAUUUUCAGUUUUAAUGUGUUUUAACAUCUGUACGUAAUUUAAAAGUAAAAAAGUGUAAUUUUAUUCUACCAAAGCUUGCUUAUAAAUACUAUAAGCAAGGUCAGUAGGUAUCUAACACUUAUUGUGAUGUACCAUUUAUUAUUAAUUACUUUUAUUGUAAUUGUUGUAAAUGGUACACUUUUAUCUUUAACAUUUUUAUUAGUAAGUAUUUUAUAGAUAUAUAAUUGUUUUUUAUUCAUGUUAUAUUUAAAAAUAUAUUUUAUUAAGAUUA